UCAUGUGAUCCUAAAUAAACUCUAAAGGCUUGUGUUGUUCUAAUGGUGUGUGAGGAGUGUAAAGUGACUCUUCUGUGUUUUUCAGAGUGUUUAAUUUCCACUGGAGGCUCAGGAUGACUCUCCCUGACACUCACACUCCAGCUAAAAGCUGUUGGAGUUCCUGUGAGAACCGGGCCGAGCUGAGGUGGGACCUGAGCCCGGAGCAGAUCCGGCAGGGGGCGGAGCGACUGAUGCAGAGGAUACGGCGCGCGUACGACUCGGUGGCGAGGGUGGAGCCGGAGAUGGUGCGUUAUGAGAACACGCUGCAGGUUCUAGCAGAGGCCAAACUGGAUUACGCUGCGUCACGUCACAUGCUGGACUUCCCUCAGUACGUCUCCCCGUGUAGACACGUGCGAUCUGCGAGCACUGACGCGGACAAACGCCUGUCUGAGUUUGACGUGGAGAUGAGUAUGAGAUCAGAUGUGUUCCACAGACUCACAGCACUGCAGGAGAGACGGUGUAAUGAUUUAUUGCCCGAGGCGAGGAGGUUUAUGGAGCGUCUGAUUAGACUGGGGAGGAGACACGGGCUGCACCUGUCUGCUGAUGUACAGGAGGAGAUCAAAAAGCUUUCUACAAGAAUAAGUGAGCUGUCGAUAGAUUUCCACCGCAACGUGAACGAAGAAAACACAGAGCUGAUGUUCUCCUCAGAAGAGCUGGGUGGUCUGUCUGAGACUUAUUUAAACGGCUUGGAGAGGGCGGAGGACGGGCGGUACAGGGUGACGCUGGCGUAUCCGCACUAUUUCCCUCUGAUGAAGAGAUGUCACGUUCCCGAGACCAGGAGGAAGAUGGAGGCGGCUUUUCACAGCAGGUGUAAAGAGGUGAAUACUGAAAUCCUCGAACAGCUGGUGGAGUUGCGCGCAAAGGCCGCUAAACUGCUGGGAUUUAGCAGUCAUGCUAACUAUGUGCUGGAGAUGAAUAUGGCCAAGAACUCCAGCACCGUGUGUCGCUUCCUCAAUGACUUGUAUGAGAAGUUGAAGCCGGUGGGUCAGAGGGAGCGUCAGUUCCUCCUCUCACUCAAACAGGCCGAGUGCCAGAGGCGGGGCCUGGAGUUUGACGGACAGCUGCGUGCAUGGGAUCUGCCCUACUACAUGAACCAGGUGGAGCGGGUGCAGUUUGCAGUGGAUAAAGACCUGCUGAUGGAGUAUUUCCCGCUGCAGGUGGUGACGGAGGGUCUGCUGGGGAUCUACCAGGACCUCCUGGGGCUCCGGUUCCUCCAAAUCCAAAACCCUCACGUGUGGCACGAGAGUGUGGAGCUCUACACCGUCCUCGACUCCACCACGGACCAGGAGAUCGGACGCUUUUAUCUGGACCUCCAUCCCAGAGAAGGGAAGUACGGCCACGCGGCGUGUUUCGGCCUGCAGCCCGGGUGUCUCGGCCCCGACGGGAAGCGCACCAUCCCCGUGGCGGCCAUGGUGGCCAACUUCACUAAACCCUCACGUGACCGUCCGUCUCUGCUGCAGCAUCAUGAAGUGGAGACCUUCUUCCACGAGUUCGGGCACGUGAUGCACGAGCUGUGCUCCAGGACACGCUAUGCGGAGUUCAGUGGCACACUGGUGGAGACGGACUUUGUGGAGGUUCCCUCUCAGGUGCUGGAGAACUGGGUGUGGCAGAAGGAGCCGCUCAAGAGGAUGUCUCGCCACUACGCCGACGGCAGCGCCAUCCCCGAUGACCUGCUGGAUAAACUCAUCACCUCCAGGGUCGCGAACACCGGACUGAUGAACCUCAGGCAGAUCAUGCUCAGUAAAGUCGACCAGGUGCUCCACUCCAAGUCCUCCAGUGACACCGCGGCCGAGUUCUCCAGGCACUCUCAGGAGAUUUUGGGAAUCCCCGCUACACCAGGGACGAACAUGAUGGCGAGCUUCAGUCACAUGACCGGGGGUUACGACGCUCAGUACUACAGCUACCUGUGGAGUGAAGUCUAUGCCGCGGAUAUCUUCUUCAGCCGCUUUAGGAACCAGGGGCUCUCCAACCCUGAGGUGGGAAAGGAGUACAGGAGAGUGGUCCUGGAGGCGGGCGGCUCGGUGGACGGGAUGGAGAUGCUGAAGACGUUUCUGGGACGAGAACCGCAUCAGGACGCCUUCCUCCAUUGUAAAGGACUCGCAGAUCAGAGUCUCACACACACACACACACGCACACACACGUGAUGUUCAUGGAACUGUGUUUCAGUAAUAAAAAUGAAUAUUAAAUCA